AUGGUAUCGAAUUGCUGCACAUGCCUGGGGUUUAAUGCAUCAUAUGUGUAUUUGCCAGAUCGGGCAGAGGAAAAAGGUAUGAACCAGUUAGACAGUGCAUUUCUGCUUUCCGUUAUUGGUGUAUUUGUUAGUUUGAAUGCUGUGAUACUGGUUGACCUCCUAGGAUUAGAACGUUUAAAUAAAGCAUUGGGACUGUUAAUGAUGUUCCAGGGAAUUGCAACUUUCAAAGGUCCACCUUUAUGUGAAAAUAGAGAAUACAUAGGAUCUUUAUAG